AUGUCUCAAGUCGCUGCUUUCAUAUUCUUGGUUCUUCCAGCAGUGCUCGCGCUUGAGCGUCCAGGUGGCGUUGGAAGAUUGCCGGCUUUGGGCUGGAACUCAUGGAAUAUUUAUGGAUGUAACAUUGACGAGGCCAAAGUACUGGAGGCUGCCAAUGGUAUCAUAGACUUGGGUUUCAAGGACGCCGGCUACGAGUACAUCAUCCCCGAUGAUUGCUGGUCGGAUCUGGAUGGGAGAGAUCCAGUCACUUUCCAGCUUCGACCAAACGCGACCAAGUUCCCUGAUGGCAUCAAGGGCACUGCAGACCAGGUUCACGCUUUGGGCUUGAAGUAUGGAAUCUACAGUAGCGCCGGUGAGAAGACCUGCGGUGGCUAUCCAGCCUCUCUGGGCUACGAGGAGAUCGAUGCCGCGACUUUCGCUUCCUGGGGUGUGGAUUACCUCAAGUACGACAACUGCUACGUGCCCGAGUACUGGCAGGACGACUGUCUGGCAUGCAACGCAGAUCCGACUUACACGCCCGAUGGCGUCGUGAACGGCAGCUGCACGUCUGCGACACCCGAAGUAAAGCUCUAUCCGUUCUCUCAACCAUCCGAUACGCUGUUCCCGCUGUGCGCGCUUGGUUGGCCUACAGACGGCGUCAAUUAUACGGCAAAGUACACUGCUCUUCGUUUUCGAAUCAUGCAAAAUGCUCUCGAAUCGCAGAACAGGACGAUACUUUAUAGCUUGUGCGAGUGGGGUACGGAUCAUCCGUGGGAAUGGGCCAAUGCGACAGGUAAUUCGUGGCGGACAACCAACGACAUCAACCCGGCAUGGGAACGCAUCCUGCAAAUCCUCAAUCUGAACUCCUUCAUCACGGAAUACGGCGACUUCACUGGCCACAACGACGCAGACAUGCUCGAGGUUGGUAACGGAGAUCUCACCGUCGAGGAAGAGCGUACACACUUCGCUCUUUGGGCUAUGAUGAAAUCACCCCUCAUCAUCGGCACCAACGUCACCAAUUUGACUUCGGAUGGAAUCGAGAUCCUUCAGAACAAGGGAUUGCUUGCAUUCAACCAGGAUUCGGUCUAUGGCAGGCCGGCUGGGCCGUACAAGUGGGGUGUCAAUGAGGACUGGUCGUUUAACAGCACCUUCCCGGCGCAGUAUUGGUCCGGUGCCUCGUCGAACGGGACGAUGGUGGCGAUGUUCAACCCGUUCGAUUACUCCAUGUCGAUGACGGCAUCAUACGCUGAGAUCCCACAGCUGGAUGCUGGAGCAUGCUAUAGCGUGACUGAUGUCUGGACCGGGAAGGACAUGGGUUGCUUGGACAGCAACGUGACGAUGACAGUCGAGGCGCAUGAUACAGCAGUGUUGUUGGUGGGGCCGGAGUGCUCGUAG